AUGGAGAAAACCGAAGUCGCGCAGCUGCUGGAUGAGGCACUACAUAGGCAAGGCCGAGAAGUCAUGGGGCAGCUGGAUGCGUGGCUCCUGCGCUUGGAUAGCAUCCUGCGAAGCCAGAUGAUCCACGAGACGACGGCCGCAGUGCAGCUCAGGAGCCAGGAGUAUGAGCUGGCUCCGCAAAAAACGAACACGGAGCUGGACGAGGAGGACAAGGAGUCUUCCCAUUGCACACAGAGACCGUCUGCUGCAUCAAGUCCGGGUCGCCUCACGCAGCGAUCCGUCACCGGAAGGCGCUUCUCACGGGUGAGCUAUGAUGAGGCGCUGGAUCAGGCCGCCCGAGUUCAGUUUGAGCGCAGUGUUUCCCAGUCCGCCAUGAAACACGCUGAGCAGAGUGGCAUGACAGGUGGGUGCCUGCAGCAUAUUCAGAGGCAGGCCGAGAAGCUCUCGUCCUCAUCCACUUUCGACAUGUUCUUCCUCAUGGUCAUUAUCUCCAAUUCAAUCCUGCUCGGAGUGCAACUAGAGAUGAUAGCAUCGUCCAGCACCGACGAUGCAGGAUCAGAAACUAGCUUCCUCGUGCUAAACUUUGUGUAUGCGGUAGCAUUCACUUUCGAGAUCGUCGUGCGCCUCAUAGCAAAAGGCCUCAAGACAUACUUUUGUGGCUCCUCUUGGGCUUGGGGUUGGUUGGAUGCCAUUGUUGUGAUCUCUGCGUGGGUGGAGCUGGCUGGUGAAGUUACAACUCAGUCCGGUGGAGACGGAGAGGCCAGCAGCAACUUGCGGAUCAUCCGGAUCUUUCGCGUCACCAGGCUUUUACAAACCGUCCGCUCCUUGCGGAUGAUAAGGUUUCUUACCGCCCUACGAACGAUCGUUUACUCAAUGGUGGGUGCGACAAAGUCGUUGUUUUGGAUUCUCUUGCUUCUCUGCCUGAUAUUGUAUAUCUUCAGCAUUCUCUUCACCGACGCUGUUGUGCACCACGCCCAGACGAAUCCCGACAGCAUCCACCUUCCUGAGAUGCGUAAAUACUUCGGCUCUGUUAGCACAUCAAUGAACACGCUGUAUCGUUCGGUGUUGGCCGGCGUGGAUUGGUCUGAGCCUGCAGACGAGCUGUACAAGCUGGGCAGCGAAUGGUUGAUGCUGUUCAACUUUUUCAUUGCACUUUCCAUGCUGGCACUGUUGAAUGUGAUGACCGGAUUGUUUUCUUCAAGUUCCAUCCGUGCCGCUGAGCGAAACCAUGAUGUGAUGAUGCAAAAUAGGACAGCCCUCAGAGAAGCAGCCGCUCGCCUCUUCGAGAAGAUGGAUAUGAGCGGAUUCGGGACCAUCACAAUCACGGAGUUUGAAGCAGUGUAUGAGGACGAGGAUAUGAAGACUUUCCUGGAAUCGUUAGAGAUCAGCGCGACAGAUGCCUGGACACUAUUCAACAGCUUGAAUUUGGACGGCAACCAUGUCUUGACGCUUGAUGAAUUCACGGAGGGGUGCCUGCUUCUGCGGGGGAAUGCCCGCUCGGUUGAUGUGUUCGCCCUGAAGCAGCAGAACAAGAAAAUCCGAGAGCAAAUUUCCGGCCUGACUAAAAUGCACACUGAGCUGUCAGAGUUCCUCCUCGAGCGCGACACGAUUUCAACACGCUGGCCCCCAGUGCCACAUGGCCCACUGGAGGUGAUCUCGACAUAA